UCAGUUGUUCUGAUUCUGACACCUUUACAUAUCAAUGAAACUAGUCAGACAAACCGAAGAAGUGUUUUAUUAGAGGCGAGUUUACUAGACUUCUCAUUGUCGGAUUUUUACCUCCCAUUUCAGCAUACCAACAUCCUCCCCUGGAAAUGAGUGAAAUGAAAACCAUGUCAUCUUAUCAAAGCUGCUGAAGGUUUCAGUUAUGAACCAAGGAAUGGCUUCUCUGGCUCGAUCUCCUUCUGCCAUGUCCAUUACUAGAAUUCCUCAGGGUCAUUCCAAAAUCCUACAAUUGUUAAAAGCUUCAAAGGUGCCUUAUGUGCUCCCUUUCCGUCGCGUCCACAUCAGAAGGUCCCCUGUUUGCUGCACGAAGUUUCCUCAGUGGGAACCUUCACCGGCCACAUAUGCUCUAACUGAGAAAGCUGGUGAUAAGUUCUUGGAUAAAUCAUCUGAAUUAUUUGAAACUCUGCGUUCUGAGUCUUCUGACAGCAAAGAUGAGGCUUCAAUUACUAAAGCUGAAGAUCGUACAGAUACAACCAAUCAACCAGUUGCACAGCUUCAGUUUCUUAAAUGGCCAUUGUGGCUGCUUGGCCCUUCUGUUCUCCUCGGCACAGGCAUGGUACCCACUCUAUGGUUACCGAUAUCCACCAUAUUCAUUGGCCCAAAUGUGGUGAGCCUUCUUUCCUUGAUUGGACUUGAUUGUAUCUUCAAUCUGGGUUGCACCCUUUUUCUCCUCAUGGCCGAUUACUGUGCCAAGUCAAAGAACCUGGGACAAGCUUCCAAGAGCAAACCUCCUGUGAGUUACCAGUUCUGGAAUUUGGUUGCAACUUUGACUGGACUUGCAAUCCCCUUGAUGAUGCUGUUUGGAUCCCAAAAGGGCUACCUCCAACCUCAGCUGCCUUUCAUCCCAUAUGCAGUUCUAUUGGGUCCCUACAUCCUGCUUCUGUCGGUACAAAUGCUGACUGAGAUGUUGACGUGGCAUUGGGAGUCACCAAUCUGGUUGGUGACCCCAGUUGUGUACGAGGCUUACCGUGUGCUACAGCUAAUGAGGGGAUUGAAACUCGGGGUUGAACUCAGUGCACCAGCAUGGAUGAUGCACACUAUCAGGGGCCUGGUCUGUUGGUGGGUACUGAUCCUUGGUGUGCAACUCAUGAGGGUUGCUUGGUUUGCUGGUUUUACAGCUCGAGCUCAACGACAGCAAUCUUCUGCUUCUGCCGAUGCUUAAUACUAAUAGCAUCUAAAGUAUAAAAAUAAAAUAAAAUGUCGAUAUGUGGUUUAUAGUACAUUUAUUGAGGAGUUAGUUGACAUACGUGUAAGAAAUGUUGUUUAUAGUUUCAUGAGCUUAAUGGAAUGUUACUUAUUUGAAUGA